AUGCGGGAGGCGAUGCUGCAGCCCAACGUCAUUUUCAAUUCUACAACGCCUGGAUCAUCACGUGCGAGACGAGUGAGCAGUGGAAAGCGAAGCUUGAACCUGUCGUCAUCAUCUACGGCGCGCGCGGGAGUCAGGCGACCAGUGGCAGCGGCGCCGGCGCUGCUGAGCGAGAUGCGGGGGGUGAAUCUGGAGCCCAACGUCAUCUUCAGCUGCAGCCUUGGGAUCAGCGCGUGCGAGAUAGGCGAGCAGUGGCAGCCCGCGCUGACGUUGUUGAGCGACAUGUGGAAGGUGAAGCUCGAGUCCAACGUCACCAGCUGCAGCCCAGCGGUCGUGUAG